UUGAAAUUUGAUUUAUUAAAUUAUUAUUUAUACACAACGUUGGUUUCCUUUUCCUGUACUUAGCUAACUAUGUUUAAUUAGGAUAUUUGAUGUUGCUUUGUUUUUAUUUAUCAUAUCGAUUCUAAAAUUAGAUUUGGUAUUGGUCAGUGUAAUUAGAUGACCAAUCAGAUUAGAGUAGCCGGGAGCAUUGAUGCCUAGAGGGGGAUGCUGAUUAAGUUCAUUGUAUAGCCUUGUAGGGCAGCAGCUAACAGCAGCUAUUAUUUUUGCCUUUUCAACAUUUAUCUAUAUCGUGAUUCCUUUCAAUGAUCAUAUUGGAACUUACUAUUCAUCUUGGAGACGUUUUCAUGUAGUGUUUUCCACAUAUAUAGAAGAUUCUGGGAGUUGUAUUUGUUUGUGUGACUGGUGCAUUAUUUUCCCGCCAUGGGACCUAAGCGAUCUAAUCGAUCGGUACCGUACAAUCCUGAACUACCUGCUAAUUGGACUUCGGCACGUUUGAGAGAAACUCUGAAUUCCCGCGGUAUUAACUUUCCCACCAAUGCUCGCCGAUCCGUGUUGAUACGUUUGAUUGAAGAGAAUGAGAAUCCUAUAAAUAGACCUACGCAGUCCCACAAUGACACAUCCCACAAUGCAACGCAACGAGUAAACAACAAUGGCGAACAGAGAGUGUUGGUAGACUUGGUGUCAAAGUUGACAUCAACGGUUCAAUCGCUGCAACAAAGUGUGGUGUCGUUAAACACUAGAGUGAAUUCUCUUACCGCUCAGGCUAAUAUUCAGUCGGACAAUGCCGUUGCAGGGAGACCGCUUCUCCGGACAGAAACGGCAAGAAAUGCAACACGGGUGACCACCGGUAACAACGAACCUCCAACUUCGGCGGGUCUGUCUACAGUACACGUAUCCACAGACUCUUUGCCCAUUUCUCCGACGAAUGAAAGCCGUGGUUAUGAUCUGGCUUCCGCUUUCUCUGCUUUCCAAUCGCGUCAAGUCUCGGCUGCUGCUGGAUCACCUGGUCAGCUCAACAAUGUGAGGACGACCUAUGGCUACGCUUCUGAAUCAUUACCAUUGGUAGAGACUAUAUCGCCACAACUGAGACAGCAGAUAGUGUCAGGUAAGGACGUGAACCUAGCCACUCUUCUUAUUCCCUACUUCACUCCCAUUGAGUCACCAGAGGGCAAGUCUGACCAGAGACUGCAACGUUUCCUGACCAUUGGGGAAUUCAUUCAAGCUUUCGGCAUUUAUAAGAACGUUAUGUGUGAGGCCUACCCUCACCGAAGAUCGGAAUUAGAUUUGUAUGAGAGAGACUUAGUGGACAUGGCCACCCGUUAUCCUGGGAAAGGUUUUUACGAAUAUCACCGCCAUUUUAGCCUUAUGGCCGCGGCUCAGCUGAAAUUCAACAACAUUUUAGUGGAUUGGUCAAUUCGUAACAAUACAUUGUUUUGCAACAUAUUUGCCAACUCAAAGCCCCAGUCAUGUGCUGCUUGCAACAGCACCCUACAUCUGACUGGAUUCUGUCCAUUGAAUGCCAACAGAAGACCCACUGACAGCAACGAUUCGUACGGGCGCAAGAGAAACUUCCACGCAGGUAGAGAAAUCUGCAACAAUUUCAAUGGACAACGGGGUUGUCAACUAGCCAGAUGCAGGAAUGCUCAUAUUUGCUUGGAAUGCAAAGAAGACCAUUCCAAACUUAACUGUCCAAGCACAAAAAACUCCAGUUGGCCCCAGUUCUUUGGGGCCUCCACUCACCAGAAGCCACAGAGGGAAAUUUCGACUUCGAAAUAACGACACCAGUGCAGAUAGAUAUACUACAAGAUCUGCUGAUAGACCACCCAGAUAGGGAUUUCACACAGUAUUUGAUUAAUGGAUUACGAUGUGGCUUUUACACGGGGUUCAAAAAUAUUCCAAACAAUAACUUUGAAUGUAAAAAUCUCAAGUCGGCGAUUCAGUAUUCCAACAGUGUAACGGAACUACUACAACAGGAAGUUGACAAGGGUUACCUAUUGGGUCCCUUUACAGAUAUUCCUUUUCCUCAUUACCGUAUAAAUCCAAUUGGUAUAGCAAUUAGUAAAUAUUCUAAGAAAAAGAGACUCAUCGUGGACAUGUCGGCGCCUCAUAAUGACUUAGAUAAUCCUAGCUUGAAUGACUUGAUCAACAAAGAAGACUUUUCUCUCAGCUAUGUGACCAUAGACGAUGCUAUACAGCUUAUCAAAAAAUGUGGAAAGAAUUCUAUGUUGAUAAAAACCGAUAUCACAGAUGCAUUUAAAAUAAUGCCUAUCUGCCUUCAAUUGUGGCCCUUUCAUGGUGUUAAGUGGGAAAACCAAUAUUAUUUUUACAAACGUUUAGUAUUUGGAAGUCGUUCAAGUCCCAAAAUUUUUGAUAGCUUGUCCUUUGCAGUGUGCUGGAUUGCUACACACAAAUACCAAAUGCCCAAUAUUCUACACCUACUUGAUGAUUUCCUAGUAGUCGUUCCUCCAGACUCGAAUGCUACCGAAAUUAAGCUAAAGCUGCUUAGCCUUUUCAAAGACUUGGGGAUUCCACUGUCGGUUAAAAAGACUGAAGGCCCAAAUACGGAAUUGGAAUACUUGGGUAUCUACUUGGAUUCUUUCAACAUGAUAGCAAGGUUACCUAAGGACAAGAUUGAUCGCAUCUCAGAAAUAGUGGAAUCGUUCCUGCACCGCAAAUCCUGUACAAAAAGGGAAUUACUUAGUUUACUUGGACACUUAAACUUUGCAUGUAGAGUAAUCCUACCAGGACGAUCUUUUAUUUCACACCUUAUCGCUCUAUCCACAACUGUAGAACCAUUACAUUACCAUAUUCAGUUAGACAGUAUGUGCCGAGCAGAUCUCACUAUGUGGGCUAAAUUCCUUCGUUCAUGGAAUGGCGUUUCUUUUUUCAUCAAUGAUGACAUUGUGAAUGCAGCAGAUAUUCAACUUUUCACGGAUGCCACCCCAUCUUCCUUUGGUGGAUUUUACCAGAAUGACUGGUUUCAAGGAUAUUUUCCCAAAGAAAUUUUGCAAGAGAAGACAUCAAUGGCCUUCUUUGAACUCUACCCCAUAGUGAUGGCAUGUCUUCUGUGGGGCGAUAAAUGGAAAAGGAAGCGCAUUUUGUUUCAUUGUGAUAACAGAGCAACCGUAGAUAUUAUAUGCAAGGGACGUUCGAAAAUUAAAAGCAUAAUGAAACUUAUGAGAACUUUGACUUUUCACGCGGCUAGCAACCAUUAUAUCAUUCAUGCUAAGCAUAUUGAAGGUACAAAAAACUGUAUUGCUGACUCUCUCUCUCGUUUCCAGAUGCAGAGAUUCCGAACCUUAGCUCCCCAAGCCAACCCCUUUCCAGUGCCUUGCGUGCAUCAUUCGGUGAUGAUGACAGACUAGAUCAGGAGUUGCAGGGACUUUGGGAAGCUUCACUGAACCAGUCAACUCGCAAGACAUAUUCUUCAGCCUUACAGUGUUUUCAGAACUUUAUGAUUAUGAAUGGUGCUAAGUUCUCCAAGCAUGGGUUACCUCUCAUACAAGAAUCAGACCUUGUUUAUUUUGUGACACAUUGUAAAUCGGUGCUGAAAUUGAAACAUGACACCAUUAAAUUAUAUCUUGCUGGCAUUAGGUUUCACUAUAUUAAGUCUGGAUUGGGCGAUGUCUUGAAAGGAUGCGAUCAGUUGCAUUAUGUGUUAAGAGGUGUUAAAAGAUUACAGUCAAAUGUCCAUCACAAGCGUUUUCCUAUUACUACAAGAAUUUUAGCACAAAUAUGGAAUGUUUUAGACCAGGGAGUUUUUUCUCCUUUUGUAGAUCUCAUGUUAAAAUGUAUGUAUUCAUGUGCAUUUUUUGGUUUUUUGAGAUGUGGUGAAAUCACAUGCAAAUCUCAGAAUGUAGAACAAUUUUUACAAAUCUCAGAUGUACAUAUUAAACCAGGAGGAAGUGCUUUUGUUUUGAAAUUAAGAACCUCCAAAACAGAUCCAUUUUCAAAAGGUGUUGAAAUUGUUAUUUUUGAAAAUGACCACUUUAAACCGGUGUACACCAUGAUAUCAUAUUUAGAUGCUCGCAAAUCUCUGUUUAGUUCAAACACUGGCAAAUCGCCAUUAUUUGUAGACAAUGAAUUUAACCUUAAACCCAUGCCAAGAGACACUUUUGUUCUGCAACUGAAAGAGAUACUCCUUCGGAUUGGAUAUGAUGAUAACAAAUUUUCAGGUCAUUCUUUUAGGAUAGGUGCAGCUACAGCAGCGGCUGCAGCUGGUGUUGAAGAUCAUGUUAUUAAAGAAUUAGGUCGUUGGUCUUCAGACUGCUACAACAGAUAUAUUAGAACAGAUGUAGAGGCUGUUCAAAAAGCACAAGUACAAAUGUCAUAUUUGUAAUAUGUUGUUUCUUUUUUUUUUUUUUUUUUUUUUCUACUGUGUACAUGAGCCUAUUAUUAUUACAUGUUAAAAAUUUUUUUUUUUUUUUUUUUUUUUUUUUUUUUUUUUCAUGACUACCGGUUCUUGGGGGCUUCACUCAUUCCUUUCGUUCAUUUGGCGUUCAUUCCUGGGGGAAUUUUGCCCCCAAGGGAUUAUUUACUUAUUACAUACAUUAUUUGUUUAUAUGUACAUGUAUUGUAUUAGAACCUGUAUAUGAAUUAUGUUGGCAGGCGGUAUAUUGUAGAUAUUAGGUUGACACGUUAUUCGGGCAGGAAUCUCGGCCACGUCUAUGUUUCUCUGUAUAUACAUGGUUAAGCUCACAGAUCAGCUCGAGCUUCAUUGGAUUUGUAUUCGGGUUUGUUGGUUACCCGCUGGGAUCAGCCCCGGGUAAGCUCCCUGGGAUCAGCCCGGAGCUUCAUUUCCAUUCAGUUUUGCAUGCAUGGGGAUUUGCUCAUUCAGCUCCCUGGGAUCAGCCCGGAGCUUCAGUCUGUUUUCUCGCCCGCUGGGAUCACCCCGGGCAGCUCCUUGGGAUCAGCCCGGAGCUUGUUUUUUGUGUUCUUUAACCCGCUAGAUUCAGUCGCGGGUAGCUCCUUGGGAUCAGCCCGGAGCUUCAUCACUCCUUUUGGACCCGUUGGGAUCAACCCGGGGUAGCUCACUGGGAUCAGCCAGUUGCUUAGUUGUGGUUUUAGUCCAGAUGGUCGUACGUGACCUGCUGGGAUCAGCCCAAGGCUAGUUCACUAGAGUUAGUGUAGAGUAGAGUAGAGUACAUAUAGUUAUGUAGUAUUGGAGUUAUAAGAAUGAGAAGCCCCCAGAACGCCAAACUGUAUUUUAUUUUUUGUUGUUUUGUACAUAUUGUAUGUUCUUCUGAUGUAGGCAUGUAUGUUAGUAAUCAAUAUGAGUUUUCAGUUGGAUAUGUAAAUAAAUGUUAAACUCUGACUGUCUGGUGGUUGUGUAUAAAUUGAAAUUUGAUUUAUUAAAUUAUUAUUUAUACACAACGUUGGUUUCCUUUUCCUGUACUUAGCUAACUAUGUUUAAUUAGGAUAUUUGAUGUUGCUUUGUUUUUAUUUAUCAUAUCGAUUCUAAAAUUAGAUUUGGUAUUGGUCAGUGUAAUUAGAUGACCAAUCAGAUUAGAGUAGCCGGGAGCAUUGAUGCCUAGAGGGGGAUGCUGAUUAAGUUCAUUGUAUAGCCUUGUAGGAGACUGAAAGUAACAGCAGCUACCCACCCACCUUCCCCAUCAACUUCCCCGGCUCUCUUCUCUUAUUGGGGCUCCUCAUUCCUUUUGUUCAUGGCGUUCAUUCCUGGGGGAAUUUUGCCCCCAAGGGAUUGUUCAUUCCUGGGGGAAUUUUGCCCCCAAGGGAUUAUUUACUUAUUACAUACAUUAUUUGUUUAUAUGUACAUGUAUUGUAUUAGAACCUGUAUAUGAAUUAUGUUGGCAGGCGGUAUAUUGUAGAUAUUAGGUUGACACGUUAUUCGGGCAGGAAUCUCGGCCACGUCUAUGUUUCUCUGUAUAUACAUGGUUAAGCUCACAGAUCAGCUCGAGCUUCAUUGGAUUUGUAUUCGGGUUUGUUGGUUACCCGCUGGGAUCAGCCCCGGGUAAGCUCCCUGGGAUCAGCCCGGAGCUUCAUUUCCAUUCAGUUUUGCAUGCAUGGGGAUUUGCUCAUUCAGCUCCCUGGGAUCAGCCCGGAGCUUCAGUCUGUUUUCUCGCCCGCUGGGAUCACCCCGGGCAGCUCCUUGGGAUCAGCCCGGAGCUUGUUUUUUGUGUUCUUUAACCCGCUAGAUUCAGUCGCGGGUAGCUCCUUGGGAUCAGCCCGGAGCUUCAUCACUCCUUUUGGACCCGUUGGGAUCAACCCGGGGUAGCUCACUGGGAUCAGCCAGUUGCUUAGUUGUGGUUUUAGUCCAGAUGGUCGUACGUGACCUGCUGGGAUCAGCCCAAGGCUAGUUCACUAGAGUUAGUGUAGAGUAGAGUAGAGUACAUAUAGUUAUGUAGUAUUGGAGUUAUAAGAAUGAGAAGCCCCCAGAACGCCAAACUGUAUUUUAUUUUUUGUUGUUUUGUACAUAUUGUAUGUUCUUCUGAUGUAGGCAUGUAUGUUAGUAAUCAAUAUGAGUUUUCAGUUGGAUAUGUAAAUAAAUGUUAAACUCUGA